AGACUUAGAUAAGCUUUCAAGUGUAGCACAUUGUUCUUCAGACCUCCUUUUGUUAAGCCUAUCAGGAAACUUAAGUCUAUCCCAGCCAUGCACUUGAUCUAAUGGAAGAUAUCACCCAUAAUAAUUUAUGCUUCUCAAAUUUCCUGGGCCAUCAUGUCUACAACAUCACUCCUACUUACCAUACAAUAACUUCAACUCUUUGAGAUGCAACAGUCCAUGUUGAUUCCACAGUGUGUGUAGACUUUAUACAUGUCAGACACUUGUACUUAGCAGUGUUAUUUGGGAUGAUACAUGAACUUGCAACUCUUACCCUUGUGUGAGGCCAUGAAGGGUGACAUGGGUGAGACCACCCUCAAUUUCCUUGCAAUUCCAAACCUCAUAGCUGAAAACUUAAAUACAAAACCUGGGAAUAUAGGCCCCAUGCAGAUAUCCGCCUCUGGUAAACCACUGUGUGUCAGAAUGGAUCCUACUGCAGGUGGCUGCCAAGAAGUAUCCACACUUGAUGAUGGGUUGAGGGAGAUGCAGCUCAAUUGAAUAAGGACUGAAAUAAUACUCUUCCAGGCUUGGCAUCUACUCUGGCUACUCUUUCAAGGGUUUAAAGUUUUAGAGACACUGACUGGCGUCUAUUAAGUAGUUGCUUUAAAAAUCUUUGAAAACAUUGUAUUUCUGAAGCAGGCCAAUGAUACUGAUUGCUCACAAGUGAAGCAAAAUUUAGAUGCUUGCAGGGAGAGGUUCACCAGCCAAUGGGCAACAGGUAAAGAUGCAUUUAAUAAGUCACUUUGAAAGUAGCUGGGAUAAAGUCAUCUGGCUUUUUCAAUGUACCCAGUGGGGUCACAAAGAAGAGGUAAAGAGUCUGAAGGGUUUAGUUUUGUUCUUAAUAGCAUAAAGCUGUGGAUACAUCUAAUGCAAGUAGCACUAUCCCUCUUCCUUCCCCCUCCAAGAAAAAAAACAUGCUGUGUCAGGAAAAAAACUGGUGAACACUGUGGAUGGCCACCAUAUUAAUAGUUCUGUAAAGACCAGUGACAUGACUCCACGGAAUUUUAUCACCAUAUUGUGUACAAUUAUAAAUAAAAACAGAGGUCUAAGGAGAACCUCUUGUUACUGGAAUUUAGGUUGCUAAGGCAUGUUUCUUUGGAGCAGGUUAGCAAAAAGUGCUAGGAAGUUAUAAUGCUCCUUUCCCAACCACUCCUUCAACAAAGUGGACUAUUUGCAGCACAAUAUUGCCUGCCACAAAGUGCAGCACAGGGUUUAACAAGUCUCCCUUGCUUGAGAGAAUACAUGAACAAGUUUCUUCCAGCUUUCAAGAAUAGGACUGUUAACCAGCAAUAGAAGCAAUAGGUUCUAAAAUGGAUUCAAUUUCAAAAGUCUUAAAUUUCAAAAGAAUGUGCAGCUUUGCAAGAAAGGUGUACUUAUUUAGGAGCACAGAUUUGGAAAAGACUUUGAGUUGUGGAGUUCAGUCCCUGGCUAUUACAGGAUAUUACAUCAUCUAAUCCUGUCUAUAAGUUUAUCAACUGUAUCUGGUUGAUUAAUUUGAGGUCAGUCCUAGUGAAGGCAAGAGAAUUUUUUCACAUGAGGUAGCAUAUUGAGUUAAAGCCUAUCAAACAUGUGGAAACUUCCUCAAAUGAAUGUAAUUAGCUUAAGAUAAGAGCACACCUCUUUUGCUGUGAAGAACUGGAGUAAAACUUGUGAAUGCAGUAAGCAGGAAAGUCAACUUUUGGCUGAGGGUCUGCAGGCAUAUCUAGACUGGACUCUCUUUUUUUAACCAGAAGUUAAUUUAUUGCCAGUUAAAUUGAGAUAUUUAAACAUUUGUAAAAGCCUGACAAGUUUUUUGCAGGGCACAGAAUGUUUGAGUUUUAUACAAGUAUAACAAUUAUGUUUGGAAUACUGUGGAAAGCACUGCAAGAUUACCACUAACUUAUUGUUUGUUUUGGAACACUGAAAUAAAACCUGAAACUACAAAAUAAUAUUAAUUUGUCUUAUUUCUGGCCCCCUGUAAGAGACCAACCUGAUGCCAGUAAAACAGAACUUGUGAUGUGGCUUCAUAUGUACUUGAAAGUUUGGCCAGCACAGCUCUCUUCAUCAAGGGUGUGAUCUUUUCCCUACCUUGUCAUCAACAAAACUACACAAAAGAUCUACUGUAGACCCAGUUAUACUAGCAGAGUGUUUUUUUUUUUCCCCCCAGUAUAACUUGUUCUUUCAUGCUAUACUGACAAAUAAAUGAACAAAAAACAAUGUUGGGGUGCCUCGACUAAAUGGCUUUCUUGAUGUACCUAAGAUAACAUAUUGAUAAUAUAUAUCAAGAUAUUGGUAUAGUUAUGGAGUCAAAUGCUUGUAAGUAUAGAAAAGUUAAAUAUUUACUGAUGGAGCAAGAUUUAAUGCAUAUCUUUGAGCCGUAACAUGAAUUUGACCUUCUUGUACUUGAUGUUCAUUCAUGUGACUUAUUCAUUAAUACAUGAAACAGAGUUUCUAUUAACAUCAUGCUGAAACUGGCCUGUGUAAAUACAUUAUUGCAAGCAACUGCAAUGCUUAUUCCUGACUUUAAAACUAUUCUCCACUAGCAGAGCACCAGGGUCAAAUUUAAUGCAUGGAAAAAACUGCAGGGUUUCUGCCAAAAUGCCAUAAUUGUGAAGGCGGGUAUUAAGCAGCUAAUCAAAAAGGAAAGCAUGUGCUAACAUUUCACAUUGGUUCAUUGGGAGGUAAAAAUGGUCCUAAAAGAUUUUGCCUAAAAAAUGUAUGGAAUCUGGCAAUUUAAUAAAUUUUAAAGAAAUCCAUAUAGAAGAACUGAAGCAUGCAGAGAAUCAUCUAAUGAUUUAUGUCACAUAUUACACACACAGGAUCUUGAACAUACAGGGCUUAGAUAAUGAGACUAUGCUGGAUCAAAUAAACUCAGACACAAGAGUAGAGACCUGGUGGAAUAUUCAUUACAAGUUAGUUUUUGUAACUUUAUAGAUAAAUGAGAAAAAGCCCUUGCAGGCCAUGUGAAUGUGAUGGUUGAGGAGGUUCAAAUUAGAAUUUAAGAAAACAGCUAAAAAAAUUCUGAUAGUGUUAGAAUGAUGUUAUACUUGUGGUGGUCCACAAAUUAUGUAAGAGGCAACAAAUUUUGGCUAAUACAUUUUUUGGACCACCUGUAUAGUUGGGAUGAAAUGAGAGAGACUUUUGAAUACAAAACAUUCUUUUCCAGGUCUGGCGAACUUAAAACUGAGAUAUAGCUGGGAUGACAAUUCUGCAGUACACCCAGGUAGAUUAAGUAGGUAGUGAAAUUCCCUAGGGAAGCCCAAAUUAAGCCCAGAGCCUGUUGCAUGAUGCCUGAAACUAGUCUUAAAGUAAAUUAAGACAGAGGACACAAACAACUGGUUGCCAGCAAAUAGCAAAGAAGGAUGUUGAAUGACUAUGACAAACUCUUUAAAUUCCAGAGAAACUACGUCACCACUACACAGCUUAAAUUAACUGGGUUACUGUAUAAGUGAAAGCACUGAACUGCAUAUAAGGGCUUAUUAUGAUGAUUUAGAGCCUCAGCAUUUUGGGAUAAACUUCAGAUGAAGAUGGGCCAUUGCAAUGAAGAACACUAUGAGUGGAGGAAACUGUCAGACCUCUUCCAAGGAACGAAUAGAAUAAAUAUGUGACUUACUAAAACCUGCCUAGUGCUUUGCCUGUCAAAUUUCAAAGCAUACUGUUUGGGCUUUUCCCAAUGAUGUGGAAAAGUUGUGAUGGAUGGGUAGGGGGGAGGUCAUGUGCUGGGCUUUCAGGAUCUUUGCAUUUUGUUGCUGUUUUCCCUCUUAAACCUAACUUUUAAUUUGUAUUCAAUAAUGCCUAGGACUAUGAUUCUCAACCAAGGUGCUAUGAGAUCCUUUCAGAGGUGGUUCAGGAUGUCACACAAUGUUAGCACUGGUCCGUCAACAUGAUGUCCUCUAUACCUCUGUAUGUGUGUUGUAUCCUGUUACUCUCGACCGACUGGGCCUCUGACCCACAACAAACGCCGUCUGACCCGCAACAUGGACGAGACGCCAGCCCACUGCCGUCGACCAACACCGUCUUACUUAUGUUGUCUGCUUGGGCUGAGACCCUCGGGACUGCCACUAACCGCUCUAGUCUUACCGCAUGUCUCUGUCUCCCCCUUUCUGUUUCUGAUCCAGUGCUGACCCCCUAUCUUGAACCACUCGACGUUCCAGCCUGGUUCCGGGAUAGAUCCAAAGAUAAUCCCCCGUCCAUUACUGUUUACUACGACUGGGGGUCCCACAAGUGGGUUCCCAGAAACACGACCUAUACUUGGCCACCAGAUAUUACAUUCGCCCACCUGAACACGACCACACGUAAUUGUACGUCCACGUCCACUGAUCACCUGGCAAGUGGUACCGUGACAGGCGAUACCAUCUCAAUUUUCUGUUCUCGAAUCUCGUGGGGCAUAAACCCUCAGGGUAUGAGUUGGUCCAGGCCUGACAAUUCUUUAAAUUGGAACCCACAAAGCUUGACUCCCCCUUGGUACCUUGCGCUCCCACCUUGUACUGCACCUUGCGUCAAUUGUUCGAAUGCUUGUCCGCUCAAACUUGGCCCUGUCCCUCAAGUUACCCUUUCGUCUUUUCACAGACCCCCAUCUCUGGUUACCUGGAGCGUGUCUUUAGCCAUCAACGUGUCUGCAAACUUAACAUGGCAUUCUUUUUUUUACCCUAUUUUACCCGCAGCAUUGAUGAGUUUGGCUUGUCAUGGCACAAAACUUGUCCCUGAUAAACCUCCACGAGCUUGGGAAGCGUAUUCCUUUUCGGGCGACAGACAAGAUCAUUUGUUCAUGCCAGAUGGAGGGAGUUAUGGGUUCUUAAAUAGGCCUCAUUGUGUAAACUUGUGCAAAAUACUUGUAGAUAAUGUUAACAUGUAAAUUGCACUACAAUGUACAAAAUGAAAAAGAAAAAGAAUUCAGUCAAAUCACACCACUUUUCCUUGGAAUAAUCAGAAGCACAUUUUCUCACAACUGCUUCCCUCCAAAUUUCUUUCCGAAUAUUUCUGUUCUAUAAACUAUUAAAAACCUUUUUUUAAUGAGAAAAUUCUAUUUUCUCUUUUUUGAAUGCUCAAAUUACUUAAUUGUUUUCGGUCAAAGAUUUUCCAAACCGUAAGUCACUGUAAUCGGAUACUAAACAAAUGAAAUUUCAAACAAAAGGGUGAAAAAUUAAGAUAGUUACAAGCAAGUGAGGGUAGGACUCAGAAGAAAAACACUUAAAAAAUUGGUGAUUGUUAUUACUCCAGCUGUAGUGCUAUUUUUUUUCCUACAUUUUUUUGCUACCCUCUGCAUUCCAGUUUCCAAAUCAGUAUGCUGUUGCUUGGCAAUCCUAGGAAGCACAUCUACAAAGCAGGGCCAAACAUUAACUAAAAGCGAGAGAGCAACAAACACUAUAUUAUUCUCUCUACUUCAUGAACUAUCAAUUAAUUUCAGUGUAAUCUGACCAUAAGAAAUUAAUUCUGUACUUCUAAUUCCAAUUUGAUUUCUAUUAAAAACAUAGAAAACAUGUUGUUGCUCUUUAUUACCAGCCCUUUUCAUAACAGACGCGCAGCACUUUAAAUAGUCUGCUUUUAUUAAUCACUGCUUUAUUAAUUCUAUUUCUUAACAUAAAAAUUAUGUCUUCAAUUACUGGCAAAAUGGAUACUUCAUAAUAGAAUCCACUGAUCCAAACUAAAAAGUGAGGUACACAAAUGAAAAAGAACUUGAUAUUUCAAAAGGCACAGGACGCAGCACACAGAAUUCUGUUUUCGGUUACAUAGCAAAGCAAUUUAGGCAUGUAAAUGGCAUUUUAAAGCACUUAUGCACCAUUUGCAAUUCUAUUACCCAUGCAGCAUAGAUGCAUAAAUAUCAACAGGGCUACUGAGCCUGUGUAGCAGGUUAAGUACUGGCCAGGCAGGUAUCCAGCUCUGUGUAUACACUGAAUGCAUGCAAGUCUCAACAUUUUUUACCUACCAAAAAUCCCUAACUAGCAUGUGUUAAAUGCCAGAUGAAAAGUCUCUUGUGUUUUACCUUGUGUAUUAAAUAAAUGAAUGAAUCCUGAGCAGUUACUAAGAAGAAGGGAGACCUCAGGUUCUAGAUGACAUUCACCCAGAGGGGUUUUCAACUUGCUGUCCGAUUUCCUAGCUUAGUGUCUGAAACAGCAGGCCAUUAUUCAGGCAUUAGUGAAUUGUUUUUCCAACCCUCCAUCUGAAGUUGGUCCACUGGGCAGUUAGAUAGAGGAAGCAGGAGAUUUGCAGCCAGGAAGAAAUGGACAAGCUAGAGAAUGUACAAUAGCUCGGGCCACUGAUAGACAUUCAUUUAAAAGCAUGAUAAGAGCUGACCUGUAAUCCAAACAAUAGUACCUCCUGGCAUGCCAUACAUGAAUGGUAGGACUUAUGACUUUGGGACUGGACAUCAGAUCCAAAUCAGAAUCCUGGGCUCCCUCCUGCAAUGGCAAGUUAAAUACUGGGUGCCCAAUAAUCAGAGGAUUGUCAGCUGGUUCUGGCACUGUACUGGAGCUCGAACUGGUCCCAGGGUGGCCCCUGACUGCCAACAAUCAGCUGAUCAUCAGCUGGCUCCAAAGGAUUUGAGCCCUAGUGUAGCCCUGGAUCACCUGAUUGUUGGCAACCAGGAAUCACACUGGAGCUGGUUGCAGAUCUCAGUGUGGUUCUA